AUGUGCACUAAAGCCAGUCCCCACCCAGAGGAUGAAGAGCUGAAGGAGAGACAGGUGCCCAAGGCCAAACCUGCUUCAGUGGAGGAUAAAGUGAAGGACCAGCUAGAGGCAGCUAAACCAGAGUCUGUCAUUGAAGAAGUGGAUUUGGCCAACCUAGCCCCCAGGAAACCUGACUGGGAUUUGAAGAGAGACGUGGCGAAGAAGCUGGAGAAGCUUGAGAGGAGAACCCAGAAGGCCAUCGCUGAACUUAUCCGUGACCGUCUGAAAGGCAGUGAGGAGGAGCUGGCUGGAGCGGUGGGGGCCGUAGGGGUGACAGCAGAAGGGGACUCGGACUGACCCCUUAAUCCAGAGACACACGGCAAUCCUGGAGCUGACCCUACCAAUGUGUCUGUUCCUGUUCUGUACAGCUGAAUGUUUGUUGUGGGAAUCAGAGACGGUCGGUUUCAGUAGCUGUUGAAGCUACUGGGGAGUGAAUAUGCCAGUUAGAUAUGUCACCUUAAUGACUUCUGAACUCUAGUCCUAGUAUGCGUCACAAAUGGCACCCUAGGGUGCCAUUUGGGAUGCAGACCCUGUGUGAAAGUCCGACCAGACUGUUUCAGUGUAGUGCUAGCUAGAGGCUCAUUGGGGACUGUUGUAUUGUAUAGAGCUGCUGUAAGGAUCGUCUGCUGUUCAUGCAUCUUUAUAAUUAUAUUUUUCCAGUAAAAUGAUUUGGAUUUUCCCAACGUU